UAUAAUCUUUCAUUAUUCAUUCAAUAAACGUCAACUGAACGUUUCAUUGGAAACAAUGUUUUUAUCCCAUAAUUUCAAUAAAAACUCUGAAAUGUAUAACUAAACAAUUCAAAGAUGUUGGAUUUAAAAGCGUGCACAGUAUGUUUCAGCACUGAUUCCAAAUUAUACAAUUUGAACAGCGGUAUUUUGAGACAUGAAUAUAAUUUAGUGUCCGGCCUCCAUACACAAGCGGGUAAUGGGUUGCCCGAAUUUCUCUGUGUGUUUUGUUUGGCACUUGUGAGGCGGUUCGUUAAAUUUCGAGAUAAAUGCCAACGGGCGCAUUAUGCUUUGCAAGAAAUUUUGAACAGGAGUAAGGAGAUAAAUAAAGCACAUUUACAGUUAUUUAAUAGAAAAGAGAUAGGCAUUAUGCCACCACUAUCAUAUUUAGAUCUGAACCAAACUCACUAUGAAGAUGUUAAGUUUCAAUGGGUGAGGCAUAACAGGCUCAUGAUCACCACAGGAGAUGCCAUACCAAUAGCACAUUACAGCACUUUAACUAACCAAGACACAUUUUGCAACGAAACAGAAAACAACAAUGUAAAAACAGAGAGUGCUGAUGAGAGCAGUAAUAAGUUUAAUAAAGAACUUACGAAGGAGGAACAAUUCAUAGAGCCAACAAACACUGAUGAUGUUGCUGGUGAUGAUUAUUUUGAUGAUAACCAUGAUGAUGAUGAAUGUGAUGACAAAGAUAGUGGUAAUAUGGAAACAUGUAAACUGGAUAGUAAAGUUGAUGGUUCACAGCUUGAGGAGGAGUAUGCCAGUAUUUAUCCUAUUUCGGUGAAGGAAGCGAAAGCUGCAUUGGAAGUGUAUAAGUUAUUCAGCAGUGGAAAAUACAGAUGUACUGUGUGUAAUAAAAGUUACCACAAUGAGGAAAGACUGAAUGUACAUUCCCGAAUGCAUGAUAAACACACUAGUGGCAAUUAUCACUGUAACCUUUGUGAUUACUACUAUAAAACUGACUUCCUAUUGCAAACACACAUGACUGAAAAACACAUAUACAAGUAUGUAUGCAGGAAAUGUCCGGAAGUUAGUUUUGAUAGAAUAUCAGCUAAACAACACUACAUAUGGUCUCAUCUACAAAAAGGACAAAAGAAAAAUGCGAAUUGGUAUGAGUCGCGGCCUAGCUGGCUGAGCGGGAAGGGCGGCAAGCGAGUAAAAGGUGUAGUAACGCUUCGGCCUGUCAGGAAAAUGAACAAACUGCCAGAUGACUUCCUAAUAUACACACCGAUUGGACAAGAGGAACAGUACCAACUGGUCAAGGACAGGAAAAAAACAAGGAACUACAUAGAUUCAGUGUAUAAAUGUGAGUUGUGUUAUAGAGGAUUCCGAGAAUCGGCGACAUAUGAAAAACAUAUGAAAAAACAUGACCCGGCGUACGCGGGCAACGUGCAGUGCGAUAUGUGCAAACUGUACUUCCGCGACUCCCGCAAGCUGUACAAGCACAUGAACAUCACACAUUUGUUCAAGUACUCCUGCCAGUUGUGCAGUUUCUUCUGUGUUAAUCGGAGUCAAGCGCACUCGCAUUACAGAUGGCAUAAAAAUGUAACAUACUCAUGUCCCCACUGUGAUAAAGUAUUUAAUAAACUAUCAACCCGACUGACUCACAUAAGAAUAAAGCAUCCCUCAACGAAUAUCUGCAAUUUGUGUGGACACAGUUUUGUCAGUGAGAAUGGUUUAUAUUGUCAUAAGCAGAUUGCACACAGUAUCGAGGAGCGUGAACAGAGCGAGUCUGCGCCGACGGAUCCGUCCGACCCGUACUACUGCGCGGACUGUGGCGUGCAGUUCCUCAGCGACCACGCGUUCGCCACACAUCUCGGCAGCUCCAACAAGCACGCGUCCACGAACCUUUCAAUAAAACCGAGCCGCAAGUUGGAGUUAGCGUCGAAGUCUGACAAGAAUGAUAUCAAGAAGCGCGGGAGGCCGCGUAUGGGCGGCGCGCGGUCCGACAUACUCAAUAACGGACUCACCACCUCCACCAACUGCGAAGUGUGUGGCAAAGUGUUGGUGAACGACGUGCAAGCGCGCAAGCACUACGAGUCGGAGCACCCCGGCACCGAGUACCUCAAGCGGUACAUGUGCGACGUCUGCGGCCACACCACCAGGCAAUACGCGAACCUGAUGGUGCACAUGCGCACGCACACGAACGAGAAGCCGUACGGGUGUCCGCACUGCGAUAGGCGGUUCAGUAUGCCCAGCAACAGGGAUAGACAUCUUGUUGUUCACACUGGUGAGAAACGCUACGAAUGUCAGCACUGCAACCGACGUUUCACACAGAGCAGUGCAGUCAAACUUCACAUACAGACUGUCCACCUCAAGAUACCUUACGCUCCCUGGGUGAAGAAGAACAGGAAGCGACGCAAGGAGUUGGAAGGCACCAGCGCGCCGGUCAGUGCAGUCACCUCCAACCCACCCUGUCUGCCGCCCCCACACAAACUACUGCUCGAUACUCAAGGAGACUACCUCAACGCGUAUAUCAAUUAUAGUGAUUAUUGAUUCCAUUUGAAAGUGUAUUGUUACACCCGUUUCAGUGUAAAUCUGUUUGUUUUAUUGUGAAGGAAGGUUAUAAACAUUAGUUUUAAUUUCAAUUGCUCGCAUGAAUUGUGUUGUAUUGAUACUAAAAACUCUUUAUCAAAUAAACGAAUCUUUAUUGAUUGUAUUUACUGUAAACAAAGAUUGCUGGUUAUAUCUUAAGUUGGUACGAGUUGGCCAAUAAGGACAACGCCUUAUAUGUUUCAAGUGUAGCAUGGGCGCAAAUUAAAUUAUGUGUACGCCUUCCCACCUUUAGUUUAGCAUAAUAUACUUGUACUUGGGGGAUAAAAUAAAUAAGAGUAUUAUUGAAAUCGAUAUUGGGUAUGUAUGAAGAUAUAUCUAGUUUGAGACAGUGAUUGCAAGAACGGCUUAAGUAACAUUUCAUUUAAAAACGAGUUAGUUGACUGGUCCCAUCAGGAACAUAAUAAGACAUACAUUAUAGGGUGAUAAAAAUGUACUUUCAUUAAAGUAUACACAUUCUUGAAAGUAGAACGCCAUACUAUCAAGUCAAUUACUGUACCACCUUUUUAUUUACAGUUAAUUUAUUUCUUAUUUUCAUAUAUGUAAGUCAAUAUUGCUUGUUCCUUCUUCAGAAUACACACACUGAUACUACCUCAAAGAUAAAUUAUGACGAAUAAAGCCUUAAAUUGUAGGUAAGUAGUGUGUACAAGAAUAAAUGGAAUCUUCUAAUUAAGUACUAUGUAGUGGUUCUGAGUAAUGAUAUUUAUUGGGAUGUGAGGUGUGUAUGUAUUAUGAAAUUAAUUUGGGCUUUGAAGUAUUUAAGUGCAGGCAAGAGUUACUAAAUGUCCUAUAAUGUAAAUAAAAUAAUAAUCGAUUUUGUUUUCGAUUAUUCGAAAAAUUAAAGGGUUAUUUGUUAUUAAUCCUUACAAGUUACGAUGAAACUACUUUGAACAUUUUGUGUCUGCAAAUCUGAUAUUUCUUUUGAAGAUAUAACAAUUUUAGUUUUUUUUUAUUUUAAUAUUUAGUGCAGCUUUUUAAAUCGUGUUCCAAUAUGUAAUUUUAUUGUUGAAUGUAUAUGAUAAGUAUUAUGACUACAAAAUAUGAAGUAAAGAUAGUAUGCUUUAUUAAAACAGUAAGGAAAAUAUAAAAUGAUGUACGAGAUUCAAAAAUGUUGUCUUUUGACAUUUGAGUAAUUUGCGAAAUCAUUUUAGUUCCGUUGUGUCAUUAAUAUACUUAAAGAUGAAAAAUCUAUUGUUUCAUUAUAGUCUGACCAGGAAAUUAAAAAACCUCACCAAGUUAUUCUAACAUGGGGAACUAAUUUCUUUUAUUGGCAACAUUAACUUUAAAACGUAAAAACAAAAGUGGCAUUUUUAAAGCAGGUCUUUCAUUCACCUGGUUAAGCUAUACUAAAUGUUUAGCCAUAAAUUUUUUUAUUCUGCAUUAUAUUUGGUUUAAUAUUCCAACUUUUUUGAAAUAGUGACCUUGUAAAUAUAUUUGGUCAUAAAUUCGCAAAUCAAUGAUCAUUGUUGUGUUGAUUUAAGCACUGUAAAUUUUUAAAUGUCUACUUUUAAUCCAUAGUUUGUGACUGAAACUAAUUAAUAACUGUAAGGUUAGAAGUGCUAUUCCGUCUACAGGGGCAAAUCCGUCUUUUUGCAAUUACAGGCGUUCUAUUCAAAGGACAGCUUUCAUAGCCGUAUAGAUAAUAGCGACGAAAAUACCCUAUUUACCUAAACUACUUAGAAAGCUGUAAUUCGAUUAGAACGCCCGUAAUUGUAAAAAGUCGGAUUUGCCCCCGUAGACGGAAUAGGACUCCAGACCUUACAUCAUUAACGUAAGUUAAGCAUUAGUCAUAACUUUUUUAUAAAAUUAAAAUAUACGCUUUUAUUUA